AUGAAUCCCGAAAGGAAGAACAUCUGUAAUUACAAGUUUGUGGAACCUCAGUUGGCUGUAUUGAGAGGACUUGGGGCACGUUUAGAUUUGGGACACAAAGAUGACUUCAAGGAAGCUUAUGGUAGCCUUUUGGGUAUUCUGAACACCGAAGUCAACAUCACUGAUGUGCACACUCUGGUGCAAUUCUAUGAUCCCCCAUUGAGAUGCUUUACUUUCCAUGAUUACCAGCUAGCCCCUACAUUGGAAGAGUACUCACAUAUUCUGGGUAUUAGGAUCAAGAACCAAGUGCCCUACAUUUGCACUAAGGAACUUCCUAAAUAUCAAGACCUUGCUGAAGCUCUACACAUGGGAAAAAAGGAAAUAGAACUGAACCUGAAGCCAAAGGGUGGAAUUCAUGGCUUCACCUCUAAGUUUCUAGCGGACAAAGUUAUUGCCUUCACCAAAGCUAGGAGUUGGACAACCUUCAACACCAAUCUAGCUUUACUUAUCUAUAUGAUCGUAUUGUUUCCAAAUAUGGAGGAAUUCGUAGACUUGGAUGCUAUUCAUAUCUUUCUGACUCGGAACCCUAUUCCUACUCUUCUCACUGAUACUUACUACUCUAUCCAUGUGAGGACUCAGAAGAAGAAAGGAACUAUCGUCUGCUAUACCCCUUUGCUGUAUAGAUGGUUUAUUUUGUAUCUACCCAACAAAGGCCCAUUUGUUAAGAACAAAGAUAACUUGAAUUGGUCCCAGCGGAUCAUGUCCUUAAAAGCCGAAGACAUUCCUUGGUAUUCUUGA